AUGGAUGAUAUCUUCUCUGAUAGAACAUCGUGUAAUCGAGAAACCUUAGAAAGGUUGUCCCUCUUAGCUCAAAACGUUGAGUCUUUGGAUCAGAAGUUAUCCGUUCAAAAAAGCUUUUUCCUCGAGAAUCAUCAGGAUAACGAUAUCCUAGAACAAACGGCUUUAGGCAAGAAGUUAGAGAUGUUGAAGCGAACCAUCCUGAAGAAGAACAUGCUGGUACAAAAUCUUCAACAAGAUAUUGAAACAAAUAAUAGAAAUCAGCUCAAGUUGGGUAUGAAAACUGAAAUUCUAGCUGAAAGAGUGGAAGGCUUUAAACAAGAGUUCGCCAAAAGAGAAACUUUACUUAAUGUGUAUAAAGAGUUGCUGACUGUAAGGAAAAGAAGUUUGAUAGCGGAGCUACGAAAGAUUUUUCCAGUGCAGACCAUUCAGCCAUCCAAUAAGGAAUGCGUUUGCUCUCCUUAUUAUACCAUAAGAGGAAUACAUUUCCCUUCCAUUUCUAUGUAUCAAGGUCAUAAGGAGUUCAUCGUUUCUAGUGCCUUAGGGUUAAUUGUACAUUUUUUGAAAACAUUAGGAGACAUCCUAGAUUACAAUUUCCGGAAUCCUGUUCAUCAUAACUCAUCUAACAGUACCAUUUACCAGAGUUCCAUAGAUAAACUUAUUCCUCUCUAUAAGUCUGGUUGGAGAAAUGAUAAAGAACGAUUGGACUCUGCUUUCUCCUUACUAAAUCAAAAUGUUCUUCAACUAGGAAUGGAUACAGGACUGUUCCUGCCAUCGGAGAACAUAGCUGCAUCCAUCUUUGAGUGGACAAAUGCAUUCCUCAAAAAUUCCAAACCUUUCGAUGUUUGCCGACCAAAUAGGAGCAUAUUCAGUCCUGCGUCUUUGAUGAAAGAGGAAGAUUUAGAUUGCGCCGAUAAAACUCCUGGAGAGACACUGCCUGCUUCAACAGAAGCCAGAGGCUACAGAUCUGAAUAA